AUGGCUUCCACUCACGCCCACGCCCAUACUACUCUGCCGAGACUGCCCAUCUUCGAUGCGAUAUCGCGGCACGACCCUCGUUCACCUGCCGUCGUCCAAUGUCUCUCCGGUCGGACGUUCAACUACGGCGAGCUGCUUCCAGAUGUCUGCCGUGUUCGCGAGGAAAUAUACAAAGUUGCGGGGCGGUCGGACAUCCGAGGCGAGCGCAUUGCGUUCUUGAUAGAGAAUGGUUAUGACUACGUGGUCACUUUCCUCGCAAUUCUUGCUGCGCGCGCAAUUGCGCUCCCUCUCUCGCCUCCCUUCCCAGCCUCCGAGCUACAAUACAUCAUAUCGCAUUCUGAAGCGCUACUGCUAUUACACUCUCUCAAAUUCGCCUCGAAAGCCCAAGAGGUCCUUUCGACCCCCUUUCCAGAGCCCUCGCCGAAGUCAGAUCCAAACUUCGAGCCAUCGCUGAAAGCCUUCGAAUUACCGAAAAACCUCGGACUCGGGCAGGAUGUCAUGUGCUAUGAACCAGUCACCAUUUCACCAGAGGCCGACGCGAAAGGCGCUGGCAUGAUGCUCUACACAUCCGGCACCACUGCCCGGCCGAAAGGCGUGCUGCUUUCAGAAAGCGCGCUGACGGCGCAAUGCCGGGCGUUGAUCGAAGCAUGGAACUACAGCCCGGAGGACAGACUACUCCAUGUCCUCCCGUUACAUCAUAUCCACGGCACGGUCAAUGCGAUACUCACGCCCUUGCUUGCGGGUAGCACCAUUGAGUUCCUCUUCCCGUUCAACGCGGAUGUGGUCUGGCGUCGGUUCGCGAAUCCGUUCCUUGAGGGACCACAGACGAAUGGCGCAACACGUAGUGCCAGAAUGCAAGGUGUUAACGAGACUAAUGGGAUGACUCUCUCGGCUCCGAAUGCCAACAGGAUCGGCCAGAUUGCGACUGAGCUUCAUGGCAUUAUCCGAUCGACUUCUGGAGCCGAUGGAUAUCCCGUUACAACUGGCGUAACUCUGUCAGCUCCUGGGACAAAUCGUAUGAGCGAGUUAGCCGAUGAACUCAAUGGAAUAGUUCGCCCACGUGCCUCCACUCAGAGCAACGGCACUACACACUCAACCUUGGGGACGAAUGGCGCAACUCAUGCAAAUGGUGCCGCCGACUCCGGCGUGGCCAAUGGCGUCACCAGCGGCAUGAACAACGCAAGCGAGGAGGACAAAUUCGCCAACAUGCCAAGGGAGAAGAUCACAUUCUUCACCGUUGUUCCUACGGUAUAUACACGUCUGCUCUCGACGCACAAGAGUCUUGCUCCUGAAAUCGCCGAGGCCGGACGCACCGCCAUCAGCCCCUCGCACAUGCGCGUCUCUAUAUCCGGCUCCGCUGCACUCCCCACGCCCGUAAAGCGCGCGUGGAAGGACUUGAGCCACGGCAAUGUGCUGCUAGAGCGGUACGGCAUGACCGAGGUAGGUAUGGCACUCUCUUGCGGCCUCGACUAUACGGACCGUGUUGACGGCAGCGUGGGGUGGCCCCUGCCCGGUGUAGAAGCGCGCCUCUUCGAUACCGACACCAACGAAGUGAUUCCCGAAGACGACGCCAGCGCCGGCGCCGGCGGCCCAGAGCGCUCAGGCGAGAUCCAGCUCCGCGGUGCCAACGUCUUCGCCGAGUACUGGGCCAACCCAGUGGCAACGGCCAAAGAAUUCGUGCCCGCAACCGACGGCAAAGGUCCCUGGUUCAAGACAGGUGACGUAGCCGUCCGCCGCCCCGUCCCAUCCGCGGGCCAGGCCACGUCCGGCGCCUGGGCGCGAGGGCCCAUGUACUUCAUCCUAGGCCGGCAGAGCGCCGACAUCAUCAAGUCGGGCGGCGAAAAAGUCUCGGCCCUCGAGGUCGAGCGCGAGCUGCUCUCGCUCCCCGAGGUCCUCGAGGCGGCCGUCGUGGCUGUGCCCUCGGGCAAGUGGGGCCAGAAGGUCGGCGCGGUCGUGAUCCUCGACAAGGAGCUGGCGCCGCAAGGGGGGUGGAAGCCCAUGGACAUGCGGCGCGCGCUGCGCGGCCGCCUGGCCGCCUACAAGAUCCCGCAGGUGCUGAGGGUCGUCGACCACAUCCCGCGCAACGCCAUGGGCAAGAUCAACAAGAAGGACCUGGUGCGCAAGGUGUUUGUGGAGGACUUUAGCGGGGAUGAGAUGUAG